AUGGCCGCCUCAAGAUCGAUGCAGCUUGCUCCCAUUUACUCCAGAAUAAUAUCGAAAUUUCCGCCAAACUUUUCCUUCUGCUUCGCGUACGGUUCGGGUGUGAAGAAGCAGCUCACUGCCGCCAACAAUGCCGACCAGACGGCGAACAUGAUAGACCUGAUCUACUGUGUAGACCAUCCAAAGAAAUGGCAUCAGAAUAAUCUCAAAGAUCAUGCAACACAUUAUAGCUUCUUGAAGCAUCUUGGUCCAAAGUUUAUAGCAUCUUAUCAGGAAAAUUCCGGCGCCAAGGUGUAUUUUAAUACACUGGUUCCAAUCGAAGGAACAUUGAUUAAAUAUGGUGUAAUAUCAACUAGUGACUUGAUAACAGAUUUAUUAGAUUGGUCUGAUUUGUAUGUGGCUGGCAGAUUGCACAAACCUGUUGAGAUUAUCAAAUAUCCUACAAAGCCUGAGAUUGAAACAGCAUUGCAGUUAAAUUUGCAGUCUGCUGUGCAUGCUGCCCUUCUAAUUCUGCCAAAUACAUUCUCAGAAUAUGAGUUUUACUACACAAUAUCAAACUUAAGUUAUGCAGGUGAUUUUCGUAUGACUUUCGGGGAGAACAAAAACAAGGUGUACAACAUUGUAAAACCGCAAUUGGCCGGCUUUAGGAACUUGUACAAAUCCAUCUUGUCUGGUUUAACAGACUAUGCUGAUUUCCCAGUGUUGAAGGACGCUCAUCAAGAUGGAGCCGUGUGUUCCCAAGACACAAAUCCGUUGGCGAAGUUGCAUCAUUUGAAUCAUUUGCCCAAGUGCCCUCAAAAAAUGUUGACUCGUUUUUGGAAUCGCGGUCAGUUUAAGCAGGACACUGAAGAUGUUUUAAGAGCAAUUGCAUAUGAUCCGGACUGCAGUGCUGUUGUCGAGCAGUGUAUCAGCGAAAUCGUGUGGCGGUCGUCGGUGUGGCAGAGUUUGAAAGGCGUUCUUACCGCUGGAGUCGUGAAGAGCGUGCAAUACAGCGGGAGAAAAAUAGCGAAAAUGUUUAAAUAA